GUUUUUGCUUGUCUUCGGCCUUCUUCUGCCAUUAUCCGCCAGCGGAGCCAGCUUUCGACUGAUGUCUGCGAACAACAGUGAUCAGAAGUGCGAUGCUGUGGACGUCAGUUGCUGUUCUACCAAGACGCGGCAGAAUUGCUUCUUCCCCGCAAAUGCAACUUUCACGGUCCAUGAAAACGGUCACACCUUCUCUGCCACUGUCUGCCCCGCUUCGGAUGGAUGGGAAGCACUUAUCACCACGGACUGGGGAUAUUUCACGAACGAGCACCUGGUCGUAAAGCUACUUGCUGAUGAAGAACAUCUUGUCUGA